AUGGCCCUCUUGCGUCUAGGUUUGCUGCUGCUGGCGCUAACGCAGCAGCAGCUGCUGCAGCAUGCGCCCUGCAGCGCCCUAGCUGUCCACACGAAGUCGGCGGCAGCAGCGGCAGGAGCAGCAGCAGCUCCGAGCUGCAGCUCUGGCUUGCUAAGGGGGCCUCUUCCGCUGCAUCUUGCGUGCCGCAUGCAAAGGCUGAAGCCACAGCAGCAGCAACAGCAACAGCAGCUACAACCAUUCACCGCAUUCGUACGGCCCCUCGCUACGGGUGCUGCGGCACAGCGGACAGCAGCAGCAGCAUCCCUUGCCGCUACAGCAGCAGCAUUGGAAGCAACCGCAACGAAGGUCGCCGCACUGCAGCAUGCUGCUGAUAACACAGCAGCAACAGCAGCGCUACCAGGGACAGCAGCAGCAGCAGCAGCAGCAGGACAAGAGCUGCCGUUUCGCAUCGGGCAUGGCUACGACAUGCACCGCCUCUCUACGGAUCCCAAAGCCAUCACAGGUCCCCUAGUGCUAUCGGGCGUCUCGUUCGCCUCAGAGGCAGCAGAAGCAGCAGCAAAAGCAGCAGCAGCGAGCCGGCAACAGCCAAACGCAAUAGCAGCGGCAGCAGCAGCUGCAUCAGCUGCUGCUGCUGCUGCAUUUUCAGGCGGACGCCGGCUGCUGUCAGGCGCCUCUCUAGGCCUUCGGCGCCUAUUGGGAUACGGCACAGGCACCGCUAGCAGCAGUAGCAACAACAGCAGCAGCAGCAGCAGCAGCAGCAGCAAUUUGGGCUUCGGUGUGAUCGCUCACUCUGAUGGGGACGUGGUGCUGCAUGCAGCAGCAGACGCCAUUUUUGCUGCAUCAGGAGCAGCAGAUAUCGGGCAGCAGUUUCCUGACACAGCAGCUGAAAACAAAGGGCGAGAUUCGAGGGAUUUCGUUGCAGCAGCAGCAGCUGCUGCUGCUGCUGCAGGGUACGCAGUAGCGCAGCUGGACGUGACCCUCCUGCUGCAGCGCCCCCGCAUCAGCAGCAAGAAGCAGCAGAUGAUUGAAAACUUAGCAGCAGCCCUUGGCAUCAGCAGCAACCAAAUUUCAAUCAAAGCAAAGACAGGAGAAGGUAUCGGGCCUGUGGGCCGCAGCGAGGCAGUGGAGUGCCACGCGAUGGUGCUGCUGCAACGGAAGGGUUAA